AUGUUUAAUGCACGCCGCGAAACAGAGGCCGGGGCGUGUGGCGCCCUGCACCCCCUGCGGUUCCGGCUGGCGUGUGAGCGGCUGCGGUGCCCGUACGAUCUGCCACUCGACCUGGGGCGCCGCUGUGGGCCGCAGACUGCAUCGUGGUUCUCCACCCUCCUCGGCAAGCCGCAGCCGCCGGUGCGACGCAGCAACGACGCGGUAUCCAACACCGGCGCUGUGGGCACAACGCACGACGGAGAAGAGGCGAUAGUUUCGGAAACUGGAGCAGAAAGAGAAGAAGUGUCGAGCGGCACUUCGUCACCACUACCACCACCGCUGUUGUCUUCCGCAAAUGAUGGACAUGGCGGUCCCGUGUCCACAGAGUGUGUGGCUGCUUCUGGGUGGGACAGCUGGGAAGCGGACGCGGCCACAGAAGCACGCCCAAGCACCGACGACGCGGAUUCAACCGAAGAUGAGAAGAGUUCUCAGCAAAGCGAGCGAAGUGUCGCGUUACACUCGAGCCAUGGGAGCCAUAGAGCCCCUGCAUUGCGCGGGGAGAUCACUACACCAACCCAGAUUUGUGCCCCAAGCGACGAAGGUGUGCAGUGCAACAUCAUUAGGGAGGAUCCAGGGUUCUCUGAUGUCGCGGGUGACCCGGAUGAUGGUGAUGGUGAUGCUAAUGACACGUUGCCGCUUCGCAACGAUAACAUAGAUUCCGCCACACCGACGCAGUUACAUCAGCUGGAGGGUCUGCUUUCGAGUACAGUGGAGAAGUUGUACACUAAACUGCAGGGGACUGCGCUGAAGGUUGUUGCGCUGGACGACUUGAACCGGCAGCUUGUGGAACACUUUCACCAGCCACAGCAGCAGCAGAAGGCGGUAGAGGACAAGACAGAGCUGGCUAUAUACUUGUAUUCGCUGCGGCGCCAGGUGGAGCUACUUAAAAACGCGUGGGACGCACAUGAGGCAGCACGGCUGGACGCGGAACGGCGUCUUGCGCGGCAGAGCAACGCGGUCGAGAAGGUGGUGCGCGUGGAAGUUGUGCGGGCCUACGAGACGCCGCCUGUACCUUACAAGAAACCACCCUAUAUGCCACUUACUGUCACACGGCGGCAAUCCGUGGCAAGUUCCCGGCAGAGCAACACCUCUCCGAGUACGACGUCAAGUUCCGUCCUCUCCUCUGCCAGCACAGAAACCUCAUCCAGCAGGCUCUCCACGUCCUCCGUAACAUCGGUAGAAGAGGAGCUGUACUCGGAUGACUUUGAGGACGAAUAG